CACACACACACUCACACACACACUCGCGCGCUCGCUCUCUCUCUCACACACACACACACACACCUUUAACAGGCUGUCGGACUAUGGCGUGUGCUCCCGUUCAGCUCGGCUCUGUUGUCAACAUCUCCCCACAGAUGCAUUAAUGCGGAGCGAUGGGAAUCUCGCAGUCAUGGCUCUGGCACGAAGCGUCGUCUCCUGGUUGCUGGUGGUGGCGGGAUUAAUCGCACUGGGCGAUGCUCUGAGGUGUAACUGCACUAACUGUGAGAAGACUGGUUAUGAGUGUGAGACGGAUGGGGCCUGUAUGGCCUCCACCUCCUACAUUAAAGGAGAAGAGCAGCACGUCCGUAUCUGUAUCCCCCGCGACAACCUCAUCCCACCCGGACAGCCCAUCUACUGCCUGAGCACUGAGGGAGUGGUGAACACACACUGCUGCUACACCGACUACUGCAACAGCGUCAACCUGCAGGUUCCUAAUGGGGUUCCGGAGGACACGACCUGGCCGGGUUCGAGCAGCAGCUGGGGUCCGGUGGAACUGGUAGCGGUGAUAGCAGGUCCGGUGUUCCUCGUCUGUCUCCUGCUGAUCGUGGGAGUGUUCCUGUUCCAGCACCACCAGCGGGCCUACAACCACAGGCAACGGCUGGACGUCGAGGACCCGUCCUGCGACCACCUGUACCUGGCCAAGGACAAGACCCUGCAGGACCUCAUCUUUGACCUGUCCACGUCUGGAUCUGGAUCUGGUCUGCCGCUGUUUGUUCAGAGGACCGUGGCCAGAACCAUCGUUCUGCAGGAGAUCAUUGGAAAAGGCCGUUUUGGGGAGGUGUGGAGAGGGAAGUGGAGAGGAGGGGACGUGGCUGUGAAGAUUUUCUCCUCUAGAGAGGAGCGUUCCUGGUUCCGCGAGGCGGAAAUCUACCAGACAAUCAUGCUGCGGCACGAGAACAUCCUCGGCUUCAUCGCUGCCGACAAUAAAGAUAACGGCACAUGGACUCAGCUGUGGCUGGUGUCUGAUUAUCACGAGCACGGCUCUUUGUUUGACUAUCUGAACCACUACUCCGUCACUAUCGAAGGAAUGAUCAAAUUAUCUCUGUCAGCUGCCAGCGGACUCGCCCACCUGCACAUGGAGAUCCUGGGCACGCAGGGGAAGCCGGGGAUCGCACAUCGUGACCUCAAAUCUAAAAACAUCCUGGUGAAGAAGAACGGCACCUGCGCUAUAGCUGACCUGGGUCUCGCUGUUCGACACGAGUCCGUCACCGACACCAUCGACAUCGCCCCCAAUCAGCGGGUCGGAACUAAAAGAUACAUGGCUCCAGAGGUGCUGGAUGAAACUAUCAACAUGAAGCAUUUUGAUUCGUUUAAAUGUGCUGAUAUCUACGCUUUAGGACUGGUGUACUGGGAGAUAGCGAGACGAUGCAAUGCUGGAGGAAUCCAUGAGGAGUACCAGCUGCCGUACUACGACCUGGUGCAGUCUGACCCCUCCAUAGAGGAGAUGAGGAAAGUGGUGUGUGACCAGAGACUACGGCCCAAUGUGCCCAACUGGUGGCAGAGCUAUGAGGCUCUGCGGGUGAUGGGGAAGAUCAUGCGGGAGUGCUGGUACGCUAACGGCGCGGCGCGGCUGACAGCCCUGCGCAUUAAGAAGACUCUCUCUCAGCUCAGCGUGGAGGAGGACGUGAAGAUGUGAGGCGCCGGCGGGGCCCCCACCCCCACAGAGACGCACAAACACACAAACAGAGAGCGAGAGAGAGGAAAGAGACUCAACUAAACGUCUCCUGCCAGUUUCAGCCACAGUUUCAACGUUUUUUAAAGUUGUGACGAGGACUACCUCACCUUUUUAGCCAAAACUACUGAGAAAACAGGCCACUCCAGCCAUCCAUCACUCCAUCCACCGGCUCCAAACCCUCCAUCAGCGGUCCAGCCCUGUCCAGCUGCGCCCACCCGCCCUCAGCCCCACCUACACUCCACAGACUUCUGACGUUUUUUAUUUUUGGUUUUUAUGGCAGGAAUGAAUGAACUGUGUAUGGUGUGAAGAUUUUUGGGUUUGUUUUGUUGUUAAUUCUUAUUAUUUUGACCACUCGGCGAGAUCGAGCCCUGCAGAGACGGUUCAGUAGAGUAUGGGUGUGUGAGCAUUAGAACUCUGGGAACUUUCUCUCAGCUCAUAUAUAGUAAAUAGUAGGUGUUACUCUCACUGCUGUCCCAUUUUCAUGAAUGCAGGGAAUUAAUUUGAAUUCAUUUUAGGAGUAAAUGUGAAUUUAGUUGGAGAGGAAGUGGAUUUUAAUCAUGGUUUUAUGGUUUUGUUGUGACUAACAUUCAUAUUGUCAUCUUGUAUUAAGAUUGACUAAAAUACACUGAGUUACUAUAUACGGCAAGGUUUUUUUUUUUAAAGCUCAAUAUUGUUUUAUAGGGAUUUUAGUGUUUUUUUUUUUUUUUAUUUUGUUUUUUUUUUGCCCCGAGUGUACAUAUUUAUUUAACUAUGAGUUUUGGUGAGUUGUAGCCUUUAAGGACACUGUGAGAGGAGGUCCUUCAGGGUAAUGGCUAUUAUUAAUCUUUGGCGCUGUUCCACUGUAUGGUAUCUACGCUAAUCUACUCAACUCAAAAACAAAACAAAACAUUUUUUUUUUUUUUUUUUGCUUUUCCAUUACGCAGAUUUGGCUGGUAUCACGAACCGGGUUCUUUUUAAGUACCUGUUCGGUCAUAGUGGCAAAAAAUUAUGUGUACACCUUGUAGAUUUGUCCCUCUAUGUGUCUAUAAACAGCUCUGAAAUAAAUUGAGAGCACUUCAGUUUCUGAAUCAGUUUCUCUUAUGUUGCUAUUUAUAGAUAUAAGUUUGAGUAAAACGAACAUUGUUUUUUAUUCUAUAAACUACAACCAACAUUUCUCCCAAAUUCCAAAUAAAAAUAUUAUUAUUUAGAGCAAAAUAUUGUCAUUAAAGGAAUCAAUAUUUGGUGGAAUAAUUUUUUUUUAAAUAUUUUUUUUAAUCUUGGCAUGUUUUCCUCCUCCACCAGUCUUACACUUUAUGCCUUUACUCCUGGUGCAAAAAUUCAAGCAGUUCAGUUUGGUUUGAUGGCUUGUGAUCAUCCAUCUUCCUCUUGAUUAUUUUAUAGAGUUUUUAUAGAGGUCAAUUUGGUAAAAUCAAAGAAACUCCUCAUUUUCAAGUCGUUUCUUUUUUUUUUCUGGUGCUGUUUUAUGUUCAGACUGUAUUUGCAAGUGAUCAGAUUUGCAUGUCUUGACAUCACAAAAAACAUAUCUGCAUGGGUUUCUAUAGAACAACGUUAAUAUCAGAAAAAGAAAAAAAUAAACUUUGGUGCUCUUCUUGGCUUGUUGUGCUCUGCAUUUCCAUCUCUCUGGAUUUUAUGAGGUUGUUGGAGCCCACCUCCAGUUUGAUUUCAUGUGAUUAAGAGCCGAAUAAGCCGGAUUAAGAGUUGAGUCGAUACCAUACAGUAGAACAGCUCCCUUAAAUACUAGAAUCUGUAGAAUUGAACAGAAUUGAGUUGUCUCACAGUGAGGAUCUCACUCAUCAAUGUCCUGCAAAAGCCAAGAUAAUGGCAAGAUCUCGACCUAGCAAGCAGAUGUUCUGUUCAUUUGUUUCAGUUUUGCCAUGCUGAUUUUUUAUUUUUUUUUAACUGUGUGUAGCCGGGAGUAACAUUAACCUGUAGUUUAUCCAGAGCCGUCUCAUUCCAGUAUGAGUUUUUUUUUUUUUGGUUUGUUUUAAAGAUGUUUUAACUAACUGCACUAUAGUUUCUAAAGUUGAUAACUGAUAUUGAUAUUGUAUCGGUCUGGUUCCACUAGGGGAGAGUAGCAGAAGAUGGCUGUUUGUACAAAAACACAUCCUAUACAGUAAGUAAGCAUCCUGUAAAAAAAAAAAGAAAAGGUUCCUGUAAAAUAGUGCAUCUCUCUCCAUUUAUUUAUAAUGUAGCCUUUAUAAUCGACCACUUUCUAUGCUCUAUUUUCAUUAUACAUUUUGUAGUUUGAAUUCAAGCCAACUAAAAGGUACUACUGAACAUUUGAUUGCAUGAAUGGUUUCUCCUCAUUAUCAUUAUCUACUCCAAUCAGAUUUAUUAAUAACCCUGACCUGUAUUAAUAACUUUGUGCUGCUACAGCGUGCUGAACACUUCUGUGUAGACUAAUUCUGAAAUUGACUCUUAAGGGAAUUUCUGAAGAGUCUCAUUUAUAAAUAUUGAAGAUUAACACUAACACCGCUUUUCCAUCAGCAGCCGGAGUCUGAGCGAGCACGGUUGGCCCAGCCAUGCUCUGUCUGGUUGGGUAGAUGGUGCUUCUUUCCCUCUUGAAUCCCAUUGUGAUGCAAAAUGGAGAAAUAGAGAAUAAAAGCCGCUGUGCACGGAGUUAUUAAUGCUCUUUUUUUUAUUAUUAAUGAGCCCAUAAAAUAUCUGUAGCGAUAACUCAGCAAAUGAAUGUGUGCUUUUUUUUUUUUUUUCCCCAAUUUAUCGGGUGUUCUGGAAACUGCGCUGUACAGUCCAGCUAAAAACAUGGACGGAUGGCAACUGAAAACGUUGCUUAAAAAAGCUGGAAAAAUGUGACCGUCCUUUUAGAGAAGGUGCUCCGUGUCCAACACUGGGAUUUCAGUCUUGACUAACUGCAUUGUGAGGAAAGACAGUAGAGGAAGUUCGACUAGUCAACUCCACUUUUAUUUAUAUCUCUUGUGUUUUACUUUAAUUUUGUUUUAUUUUCUGAAUUUCUGAAUUUGCUCUUUGUGUGUAACAAACUUCUUCAUACUCUUACGACUAAAACACAGGACUGUGGGAGGAGUAGAGGAGCAAUGUUAGAUGUUAGAUUCCACCUACUGGAACUGUACCACACUGGCGUUUAGAGCAAAAGGCCGGAGAUUGCCCAAUGCCUAUGUUUUGGUUGUAUGUUGAUUAGACUUUUUUUCUGCUUAUCAAACAAUCUGCAUUUCAAAUCAUGUUAGACACACACAUCUUUUUGGGAUUCAUUGAAAUUGUACAUAAAAUAAUACAUUUGUUUUCUUA